AUGUAUACAACGGCCCAGAAACCGCUCGUCGGCGACUUUGCUCAGCCAGCAGUAAAUCCACCACGGAAUUCCAGCCGCCCACUACACCACUCCCACUCUCACUACGAGAGCCCCUUCCAGCAAAUCGACAUGAGGCCUGGCGUGCUCCAGUCCACAACAGAUUUCUUCUCGCAACAGCUCACCGCCAUCAACGCCUGGCUGAGCCGGCAGCCCCUGGUGUUGACGGUGUUUCUGGUCGCAUGCGCCGUGGCGCUCUUGGGGCUGGCGCUGUUCCUCUUCAGUGCCAGGAGAUGUCUCAGGAGGCAGCGCCUGCUGCAGGAGUGCCGGCGCCACUUUGACGACGACGACGACGAGGGCGGGUUCGCGGUGCACGAGAAGGGCGGUCACGGGCCCGCCCGAGGCGAUAGUCUCCCCGCUGAAACACAUCUCGAAUUCGGAUUGAAUGGAGCUGGUCACACGGAGGGCGCUAGCUUCAAACACAACCUGCCGUUUCACGUUUCUGGUUACUUAUGA